UGUUCUGCGUUGAUACAAAAAUGGCGAACAUUGUCGCGGUUCUCUAUGUAGCCUUCCUCAUUGCUGGUUCUGCAAUUGGAGAGGUUAUUGCCAUAACAUAUACCGGAUCUACAACAUCCCAAACCAAUGCUGAAGCUACAGGGUAUAUAUACGGUGGUUGUUAUAUAAGACCCAAUCCUAGUGGUAUCAAUGUCGCUUUACGAAAAAACAUUGAAGGUAUAAUAGAAAUCAAACAAAAGAGUACCGGCGGUGAAGUGGAAAUAACUCUGGAUUUGUCUGGGUUCAACACAAAUUCACAUCACGGAUUUCAUAUUCAUACAUAUGGAUAUAAUGAUAGAGGCAAAGGGUGUAGUGCUGCAGGGGGUCAUUAUAACCCGUUUAGCAAUGUGCAUGGGAGUCCGUCGGACAAUGAACGACAUGUCGGUGACCUUGGUAACAUUGUGAGUGACGAGAAUGGUAAUGUGAAAACAGUCAUUCGUGACAGCGUGGUAUCAUUGAUAGAAGAAAAUUCUGUCAUCGGACGAUCGUUUGUCGUGCAUGCUGGUACAGAUGAUUUAGGUCGUGGAGGACAGAAGCUAGUCGUACCACUGGUAACGCAGGUGCUCGUUUAGCUUGUUGUACCAUUGGAAUGAUACCAAAGUAUAUUCAUGCUGGUUGUUAUUUGAGACCCAAUCCUUCCCUUAAUUCAAACGAUGAGAUAUACAGACCAAUAGAAGGAAGUAUCCAUGUCAAGCAGUUGACCAGUGGUGGUGACGUUGAAAUUAGUCUUGAUGUGUCAGGCUUUGACAGUCGAGCUCUUCAUGCGUUCCAUGUACAUUCCUAUGGAUACAUCGGUGAUACGGGAUGUGACGAUACAGGGGGUCAUUAUAACCCGUACGGUAAAUGGCACGGUGCCCCACAAGACUCUGAGCGCCAUGUUGGUGACCUUGGUAAUAUUCAGAGCGAUGAUGAUGGGAAUGUGAAAAUUGUUAUGCGUGACAAUGUAGCAUCGCUGGUUGGCGAAGAUUCUAUCAUUGGACGGUCCUUUGUGGUGCAUGUUGGCGUAGAUGACUUGGGUCGUGGAGGAGACGAAGGUAGUCGUACAACGGGCAAUGCUGGACCUCGUUUAGCUUGCUGCGUUAUCGGUCAUAUACCGGACUAAGAAUAACACAUUCGAUUCAUUCUCAUUAGAAUCGUCGAAGCCGUAGCAUUAUAAUGUAUUUUUUAACUGAUUUGAUUCGAUACUUGGUUAUAAUAACGUUUUGUCCACAGUAAUUCACUAUGACUGAUCGUAGCUUGUGAAUGAACGACGUAUAUUUUCUGAAUAAACUUGCUUGAUUUGCUUAGGAGAA